UGUGUGCAGUUUGUGUAGUAGAGUUCAGAGAGACUGGAAUUAUUUUGUUAAAAGGGAAAAACAACAAAGGAACAUUUUAAUAAUUUUAUUAAAUUUAUAUAUUCUAAAUAAAGCAAUUACAAAUAAAAGCAUUGCUAAUUGUUAAACAAAAAUAAAACUUUAAUAAAAUGCAGUGAUAAAACUUGUAAAAGUUUCCCAAUAACAAAAAGAAGAAAAACCAUUGACAAAAAAAAAACGAAAUUGAAAACAAAGAAAAAUCAUUUUAGCAUUGCGUCGUCGUAUAAAAUAUAGUAAUAAAUUGAAAACAAAUUGAUUUUAUACCCUCUCUACAAUACAACAAAUCAAAGCGACCAAUCAGCCAGCCAAACCAACCAACCAAACAAACCAAAGAACGUAAUUUCCUUAUCAAAAAUAAACUUUUCUUUUAUACAUCUGUGCAAAAAAAAAAUAAAAAAACAAAUAAUAAUAACAAAAAUAUUGUAAAGUUAUUAAGAAAAUAUCGAGGGUACAUAUAAUUAAAUAUUUCUUAUAUUUUCCAAAAAAAAAAAAAGAGAAACAAUUUACAAAACCUUAGCAAAACAAUAUAAAAUAAUUGACAACAAUUGUAAGGAGAAGCAAAAGAAAUAAUAAGUUGAGGGAUAAUAAUGGAUUCUGAAAAUGAUAACGAUCAACCGAAUUCGUCAUCGGCUUCGGCAUCGUCGAGUAGUAGUAAUAAUAGCAGUAGUAGCAAUCUAUUAGGCCAUUUGCCAAUGUUACCGUUUAUGAGAUCAACGGACGAUGAUGAGCAAGAGGCAGAUGGCGAGGCGGAUGGCAAUGAUAAUGAUUUAAAUGAAGAACCGAUGCCAUUACAGCCACCCGUAACUGUGGCAAUGGCAGCGGCAGCUCAACCAGCAUCAGCUUCAGUGCAACAGCCAACCUUGGCUCCCAUUACUACUACUACAUCGUCUACUGCUAUUGCAACAGCAACAAGUGCUGCAGCAGCAACGACUGCCGCUUCAUCGGUUGGUAGAGAGGAGCCAAUGCAACAACAUCAAGCUUCACAAGCACCACCAACACAACUGCAAGCAUCUUCCAUAGAAUCAGCAUCAUCGACAUCAUCAUCAACAUCAUCAACAUCCGCAACAUUGCAGCAACAAUUUGCGGCGGGUCAGCCCCAGCAAGAGCGAGAGCAGCAGCUGACUGCUCAAGUAAAUCGUAGCGAUAUUGCUGAUACAAUUGAUGCUUCGGCUGUCAUUGUACAACCAUUAGAAGCGCAUGCUGAACAUCAACAACAUCCCCAUCUUUAUCCACAGGAGGCAGCUAGUAGUGGAGAAGUAGAGCAGCGGCAAAACGAUAUACAAUUGGAUGACAACGAUAAUAACGAUUUCGAUGUGGAUUUAAAUUUGCGCAAUGACGACGCUGUAGCUAACGCAUCAACAUCAGAAUCACAACAACAAUCUGUUCCGUUAGAUACUUCCGCAUCAGGUUCGGCUGGUCCUUCAUCAUCAGGACAGCAGCAGCAACAAACGCCACAACCACCAACAACACUGCCGUUAUUGCUUCAACAGCAGCAACAACAACAACUACAACAAACGGAAGAAUCUAAACAUUUACCGUCCUACGAUCAUCAUUAUCACAACCCCAGUGAAUUUCAUCUACACGCCCAUCCGUAUCAGCAUCCUUGCGUGUAUCCCUACGGAUAUCGCUCAUCAUCACCAACACCGAAACAACAACAAUCUAACGGUGCCACCCUCAACACCAGCAACAAUAUAAUGUUUGGCACCACAAUGUCGUCCGAACGUAAUCAUGGCUCAUCCACAUCCGGUGGUCUAGGUGGUGGCGUUGUUGCCGCCAGCCCCAAUACCCAAGUUGUCGACCGUCUAAAGUUACUGUAUCCGAAUGUCAAUGAAAACGAAACACCAUUGCCACGUUGCUGGAGUGCACAUGACAAGUGUCUAUCGAUCGGUCUAUCGCAAAAUAAUUUGCGUGUCCAUUUUAAAGGAGUAGGUAAACAAAGUAAUGAUGCGGCUUCUGUGCGCACUGCUCAUCCCAUACCACCAGCUUGUGGCAUCUAUUAUUUUGAAGUGAAAAUAAUAUCGAAAGGAAAAAAUGGUUACAUGGGUAUCGGCUUAACUGCUCAACAGUUUCGUAUGAAUCGUUUGCCAGGUUGGGACAAGCAAUCUUAUGGCUAUCAUGGUGACGACGGCAAUUCUUUUUCAUCAUCUGGACAUGGCCAAUCAUAUGGUCCCACAUUUACCACGGGCGAUGUAAUCGGUUGUUGUGUAAAUUUCGUUAAUAAUACUUGUUUUUAUACAAAAAAUGGCAUUGAUUUGGGCAUAGCCUUCAGAGAGUUACCGACAAAAUUAUACCCAACUGUUGGACUACAGACACCCGGUGAAGAAGUUGAUGCUAAUUUCGGACAAGAGCCUUUUAAAUUCGAUCAAAUUGAAGAUAUGAUGAAACAAAUGCGAGGUGAAAUAAAAGCCACUAUAUACGAUUUCCCAUUGCCUGCUGAGCAAGGAGAUCCAACAACACUUUUACAAAAAAUGGUUAGUUCAUAUUUGGUGCAUAAUGGUUACAGUCAAACAGCCGAAGCGUUUUCUAGACAAAAAACUGGACAAAUACAAAGAGAAGAUAUGUCGUCUAUACGUAACCGUCAAAAAAUCUUAAAAUUGGUGAUGUCUGGCAAAAUGGGUCAAGCUAUUGAGCAAACAAUGCGUUUAUAUCCUGGUCUCUUGGAGAAUAAUAAAAAUCUUUGGUUCAUGCUAAAGUGUAGACAGUUUAUAGAGAUGAUAAAUGGUUCCGAUAUUGAGUACUGCCCUUAUUCUUCUACUUCUUUAAAAUCAACAACAACUUUAAACAAAACAACUAACUCCAUAACAACACAAACUUCUGCUCCAAAUCAAACCUCGGUCAUACAAUCUACGAAAUUGUAUCAGAAUGGCAAUGGAGCGAAUAGCAGCAGUAAUGGUAGUGGUACUACCGAUGCCUCCACAUCAACAACAACAGCAGCAGCGGAGACAACAGCAGCGCCUACAACUACUACCAGCACCACCAAUAGUAGCAGUAAUACAACCAAUACCACAGCAAUCGCUACAACAAUAAAUAAUGCACAGAACUCAAGCCACAUAACUGUGAUAAAUACAGAUAAUGACAUAAAAACUCAAUCUAAUUUAGUUGAGCAUUGUUCCAUCGCCAACGAUGCUCCCUCAACAAUAAGUAAAAGUAAUAACGAUAAUGAUUACUUAAACGAUGUGGAAAUGGAGAAUAAUGGUCAUACAACAAAUGGUAAUGUUUGUAAAAAUGGUAAUACAAAUAAUUUCACUGAUUCUAUAGAUGCAGAUGAAGAGAUGGCAAUUUCAGAUGUGGAUGUUUUACCCGCUGUAAGAAAAUAUAGUCAUGGUAUUGAACGUAUUUUAGAAUUUGGUAAAGAUCUCUCGCAAAUGGGUCAACAGCUAGAAAAGGAAAAUAAAAUGACUGAUGAAGAGAGGCAAAUGUUGGAGGAUGCAUUUAGUUUAAUUGCCUAUUCAAAUCCCUGGGCAAGUCCUUUAGGCUGGCAAUUAUGUCCAACAAAAAGAGAGACUGUUUGUAGAGCUUUAAAUUCAGCCAUAUUAGAAUCAAUGAACUAUUCCAAAUGGCCACCAUUGGAAUAUUGUGUUGCCCAUGCCAAUGAAUUACUCAAGGUUAUGGCCCAAGCUUCCAUAGGCGCUUGUGCUUUCGUCAAUAUUGCUGAUGUGUUUCCAAAAAAUUGACCUUCUCAGCCUUAGCUAAAGAUGUUUGAACGUUAUCCCUUUUUCGGCCUCAAGGUAAAUCCACGCUCCAUUUUUGCCAGCCACAACAGCAAUUGUUUAACACAAAAAACAUCUUCGGCCCACAUAACAACAACUACAACCACGACGCUUUCAUCAACUUCCAAUUGUUCUAUUUCUGCUCCAACUUCUUCAACUACUCCUCAAGCCUUCUAAAA